AUGGCUCCCACCGGCAUUUUGGCUCGUAUCAAGAGUCUAUACACCAAGCACCAGGAUGAACCCUCAUUAUCCGUGCAAACCGUCGCGCUCUUCUCGGUCGCCCUUACUUUACUCUACGUCCUUCCCUUCUACCUCUCCCCCUCCACCAGGCCUUCACCCAGUCUAAGCCGCGAUGCGCCCUCCGUCAUCCGCGCGCGGAUUCGCGCUGUCACUGGUUCAUGUCUCGUCUGCUCACUAGUUGUGCUAUGGCUUGUCGUUGACAAGGGUGGUUCCUCGCUCAGCGCUGCGUUGAGCCUGCUCGGCUGGUGGCCCAUCGAUCUCGGCGAUAUCCUGCGCAGUCUACUGCUGACUGCGAUCUUGUUCGUUGGCCCGCUGUAUGAGCGCGGGAUUGUCGAGGGCGAGUGGCGGUCGUGGUUUAGUCGGGCGAAAUGGUCCGAGUCGCUUGGCGGGUGGAUUGGGUGGAGGAAUUACAUCGCGGGCCCCAUAACCGAAGAAGUCAUGUUCCGCUCCGCCAUAGUCCCCCUCCACAUUCUCGCCCACAUCUCCCCAGCUCGCAUCAUCUUCCUCUCCCCGCUCUACUUCGGCAUCGCCCACAUCCACCACUUCUACGAGUUCCGACUCACACACCCCGACACCCCCGCGCUAGCUGCUCUUCUCCGCUCCCUCUUCCAAUUCAGCUACACCACCGUCUUCGGCUGGUACGCUACCUUCGUGUACCUACGCACCGGCUCCCUGCCCGCCGUCAUCCUGGUCCAUAGCCUCUGCAAUUGGUGCGGGUUGCCCCGGUUCUGGGGCCGCGUGGAGGCUGGUGAGCCCUUAGGGCCGCCGGUGCGUGGGAAGGACGAUGAGGAUGGGAAGGGGCGUGGGGUUAGUGUGGGCAAUGGGGAGUUGAGUAUCGUUUGGACGGUGGUGUAUUAUGCGUUGUUGGUUGUUGGUGCGAUGGGCUUUGCGUGGGCGUUGUGGCCGUUGACGGCCUCGUAUAAUGCGUUGAUUGAUUUUAAGGUGAGGAAGGCUGGUAAAUGA